AUGAAUAAAAAGAAUUUGAGAAAAAAUAUGAAUCUAAACAUAAAUAAUUGUAUAUUACUUGAAAUAGGUUAGCAAAAUCCUUAAGAGUAUUUAUAAUUUUCGAACCUGCAAAUAGUUUAGCAUCCUGCAUUUUUCUCGUAAUAUAGAUUAUCUGGACAUAAUGGACAUUAAUUUUAUGAUGGUUUUCCAUAAUAGCAAUUGGUACACUAAUUUUAUUCAGGGCCUAUACAUGAAGAACAGGAAGGAUAACAAUUAUAGCCUGAUAUUCCUAUAUUUCUGAUUGAAACCUCACCAAUAUUAUUAUCAGAUUUUCUAAAUUAUAAAUAACCUGAGCUUAUUAAUGUUAAAUUUAUUGUCUUUACAUCUGUGAGAAGGGAAUCACAAAAUCCAUUCUUAAUGGGAUAUUCAGCCGGAGAAGUAUAUUUUAUUUUAAUUAUUUAUGAUCCAAUUUGGAAAACUACUUCAUUAUCCGUCCAAAUACCUUAAAAAUAUAAAUCAAAUGAUAUGAAAUCUCCUUUUUGCACAUAAUAAUAAUAAACAUUUUAAAUGCUUUUGUAAGUAUUGUCCAAAGUGAUGUAACUCAUUGAUGGGUUACUACAGUUAAUAAAAUUUGCUGUAGUGUAGGAAGUUGUGGUUUAUUGA